AUGUUCUUCGUCUUCUUCACGGUCGUCGCCUUUAUCCUCUGGGGAAUUUUACUGGCCACCGGGUAUUUGACAUAUUUGGUGCGGCAUUCCAACCAUCGGAACAAGCAUUUGCCGAAGAAGAAGCAGGUAAUAUUUUGAAUAGUUCUUGCGAAGAAAUCUCGUUUUCAGAUUUCUGUGAUGGCGGUUAUGGGUUCCGGCGGGCACACGAUGGAAAUGCUGGAUUUGAUCAAGGAACUCGGUGUGGAGUACACUCCCAGGGACUACAUCCUUGCGGAAACUGACCAAUUGAGCGAGCAGAAGGUUCAAUCCAAAAAAAAAAAAUGGAAAUGGUCGAAUUUCCAGGUGUUGGAGUUUGAAAAACUGCGCGAUUUGGGCAGUUUCACGAUCCAGAAGAUUCCCAGAAGCCGGGAAGUCGGCCAGAGUUAUUUAUCUUCUGUUUCGACUACGACCGUCGCGUUUUGGUUUGCUCUGAAGCAAGUUUGGGACUCCAAGUGAGUUCUUAAGGGAUUAUUUUGGGCAAGGGAAAGGGCUCAAAGCUUGAUUUAUGCAGAAAGUGACCAAACAAUUUUUUUGAUAUAAAAUUGAAAAAAACAUUAUAAAUUGAACAGAUCUUGUAAUACUGGGGGAUUUUUUAGGUUGAGAAAAUUUACACGGCGAAAGUCCAGUAGGAUUUUUAAAAAAAGCCUAAGGCUUUUUUUCUGAACCUUUUCGAGAAAUAAAAGAAAAAGACAGGAAAAAGUUGAAAAAUGGAGAUUCCGAGCAACUUCUAACACCUUUUUUGGGAGCUCUAGAUUUUUCUUUUUAAGGCUUUGCCCUUGUAUACGAGUUUCACUGCUUUAAAACUCCCAAACUCCUAAUUUUAGCCCGGAUUUGGUCCUCCUAAAUGGCCCAGGCACUUGUGUCCCGAUCGCCAUCGCCGCAGCUCUUCUGGAUAUGAUCCGAAUCAGGGACACCGUCCUGAUUUAUGAAGAGUCGAUUUGUCGCGUCAAGCAGUUGUCCCUCUCAGGUGAAUGAUUUUCGGAAAAAAAAACACUCAAGGGGUUUCUUCAAGGAAAGCUUAAAUUUUCUUGCACUUUGAAAUUAGAGUAGUCACUUAAGAAGCAAGUACGGUUUUUUGAAGAUAUCACGACUUUCAGAGUGUCUCAAAAUAAUUUUGGUGAUUUAAAAAUUGACGCAUAACGUGUUUAAAGUUAUUUCGGGAGCCGUUAGAGCAAACUUAUAGCGAUAGAUUAUGAAUUUUACGCGCGAAUUCAAAUUUUUGCUUCAAAAAGGUCCAACAAAAUUCUCAAAAUUAAGAUUUUUGCGCGUAAAGAUGGUCAUCUCGUUGUAGGACCCAAUCUUUUCAACUCCCGAAGUUCCUAUUUCGCUUUUUUCCGUGGACUAAUUUUGAACGAGUUUCGAAAUUACUUUUGGGAUUUUUUUCACUUAAAAGGUUACUUUAUUAACAUAAGCGCUGAAUUUAUUCAAGGAUCAAAAAUCUGAGAAAAUGCGUAACUUUGUGUAACUUAGAAAACUAAUUUUUCCCAUCAUAUUUAAACUGAAACGUUUUUUUUUGGGACCCACCUAGAAAGGUUCCUCAAAAAGCUCCUAAAAUUCUAGGAAAAGUUUCUUUUGAACUCAUUUUUCACACUCCUCGCUUCCCCCAUUCAGUUUCUUUCCAGAAUCUUUUUUAUCGAAAAAGAACCUCCUUGAAACUUUUUUGAGUUUUGCCCGGGACCAUGAUUUCUAUGUUCUUUUUUUUUCAGCCGCUAUCCUGUACUACUCGGGCUUGGUGGACGAAGUGGUCGUUCAGUGGCCCGAGCUGAAAUCGAAAUAUCCCAGGACGACGUUGAUCCAAGAUCUGCCCGACGUCGUCGAGAUGGUCAUCUCCGAUUCGGAACUCGACAGCAAGAACAAAUAA